AUGACGAAGCGCAAGUCCGAGCUGCCGACGACUGCAGGCUUUUUGUCCGACGCAGAUCAUGCGGAUGAAGAAAACUUCGAAGAGCUCGAAGCCGGUGACAGGCCCGAUGCUGGGAGCUAUGACUACUGGCAGAAGCGCGCUGCCACGUAUGACCAGGACAUCUUCCGGUCCAGUGACGAGGACCAUGAGGGCCUCAUCCACGGCGAGAUUGAUGCCGCGGCGCAAAGAGCGGAGCACGGGCGCCGGCUCGGCAAAGGCCACGAUGAAGGCACAGCUGCUUCCAAGCUCGUGGCCGUGGAUGCUGGUUGCGGACCAGGCCUUUGGCUGGAUGCCCUUAGCAAGCGCUUUGGCCGUGUAGUGGGCCUGGAUCAGUCGCCUAACCUGCUGGACAAGGCCAAGGAGGACAAGGAGGAGUUGCUUCACAGCAAGCACGCCAAGGUGGAGUUACAUCCCGCCGUGGAUCUGGGCCAGCCCUGUGCCCGAGAGUAUGCGCCUGAUGGCCAGGAACUCUGUGGGCCCUCGGUGCCCGGCACUGCGCACUCCGCCGACCUCGUGGCCAGCUUUAACGUGCUCCUGUCUCCGAACAAGCAGGCCAGAGAGAACAUCCUGCGGCGAGAGGUGGAGAUGCUGCGGCCAGCACCUGGCUCCACACUGCUGCUCCUCGUGCCCAGUGCGGAGUCGUACCGCUCUGUUCGCAAGCUGUACCGCAAGCUAGGUGGAGUUGAGAGUGGCUUGGGCCGAUACGUGGACUACUUGGACGAUCACCCAGAUGAGGAGGCUGACAACGUGUUUCGAGUCUUCGCGCUCACGAAGCACUACACCAAGAAGGAAGCCUGCUCCAUGGUGGAGGCGGCCGGGCUCGAGUGUGACAAGGUCUUAAGCUUCCCGAUGCGCUGGCGAUUCGUCUUCCCCUUCGCAUCAGAUGAGGCUUACGACACAUUAGCCAAGCAGCCCCCCGCACAUGAGUGGAUUGUCGUGGCUCAUCCCAAGGUGGGGGCUGCUGGUGGAUCCCUGUGGUCAAGGGCACGUUCAGACUUCCUUUGA